CAUCUGCCACCAAUAUUCUCACUGUGUCUAUUUGCUGUCCAUCAAUACUAGAUUUGACACAUCCAUGAAGCGGCGGAUGCUCAAGUCAGGGGAACCAAGAACAGCAUUAGUGCCGAAACCAGCGGGUCAAAGAGAACGGGUACAAUAUUCCUGAAUUGUGAUUGGUCGAGAGAAAUAAGGGCGGGCGUUGUCCUGCGAUCACAGGGGCGCACUGUACGUGAGAGGGCGGAUCUGACUGCACAUCGGCCAAAACUACAGAGCACUGAAUUUUAAAAACAACAACAACGGAGGAUGGAUUUUAGUUUACGUGAUGCCUUUACAGAUGGGGCACCUAAAGUGAACCAGGACAACCUGCUGAAGAGGGAUUUUGUGGCCGGGUUGGAGGCACAGAGCUUUGAUGAUAAAGUGGACGAGACUGUUGGGAAGACAAAAUACUACCCCCUUCUGGAUGGCAUGGAUGGGAAGAGGGAAGGGUCUGGCUUCAUGUCUGGAGACCUUACUGGGGGUCAACGUCAGGACCCUCAGGGAGAGAUUCGUCCCAGUCAACCUGGACAAUAUGUCUACAAGAAUGACUUUCAAUCAGGCCCAGCAUCAAUGAUUGGAAAUCAUCUCCAGUUGGAACCACCCAAACCCUCCCAGAUAACUGCUAAUCCAAGUGAAAAAAGUCCUCGUAUCGGCCAGGAAAAUUCUGCAGAUGCAGCAUCUGGGGAGGAAAAGUCCAUUGAGGAAGGAACUGGGAAGCAGCAGAAGAGGAAAAAGAAUAAAUGCAAGAAUAGGGAUGAAAUGUAUGACCUUCUGGACAGCCUUGGUUCCCCAGAGUCUGAAGAGUCUCCAUCAGAAAGCUCCAACCAUGGCUGGCCCUCACCUCCCAUCAAUAAUGAAGAGUUCUGGGAAAGCGAGAUCCAGGAAAAAGGGGGAGGACGCAUCAAGGCAAGGAAGAGUAAGAGCAGGAAGAUGCUUCCUGAUGAAUGGGGCGCUCCUGCAGAUAGUAGCAAUAUAUCUGGGUCCUCUCAACCGAAUCCUUUAACCAUAAUGGACGUGGACUUCAGCAGCCCUAAUUUGGGUGAUUCCAAGACUCAGUCUAAUGUUAGCAUAGAUCAGGGGAGUGCACCGCCCACAUUCACAUGUGAUUUUCUGCACCUCAGAGACACACAGGCAUGCAGACCCCAACCAACCGGUCAGGCAACCUCCUUAUUGUCUAAUUACCCUGACUCAACUUUCAAGAUGGAGAGGUAUAUGUUUGAUAUGGACAAAUCAUCUAAGGAUGAUGUAGGUGACAAAUCUAAGCUGGCACUGCCUGGUAUUCACCCCUCAGAUCAAUUACCCAUGGUCUCAGAGAAUGAUCAUACUCACUCGACUGAUCCUAAGUCAACCCAAGUCCUUAGUCCAACACAGACUGUCUUAUUCCUUGACUCAGUGCUGCAGGUACAGACCCCAGAUGCAAGCCCACCAUCCCAGAGCACACCAGUUAAAACCCCUCUCCCACACACCACUGCCCCAGAGCUUGCUCCCUAUCCAACCCCUGGCCCACUGACCAUUGGUAUAGAAAGUCCUGCCUCCCAGAGCAAAUCAGCUGUUAGUCACUCCUCCCCAGCUAUCCCCCCCAACACUGCAGUGAGCUUUAACCCCGAUGCUCCACCUUUCGUCCCUUCACUCACAGAGCAGAAGAAGCCCCCACUGGCACAGCCCCCCCUACUGGAAGUGAAAGAAGAUAAGAAAAUGGAGAAGGUGGAUACUUCCCCAAAGAUGGACAACAUCAACAUGAUAGAGAAGCAAGACAAGCCUAAGAAGAUGGAGAAUACUGACCACCUGGACAAGAAAGAGGACACCACAAAGAAAAUGGACAGUGUGAACAAGACUCAGAGUGAGCAGAUCAUCAAAGAUGAAAAGAAAGCAGAGAAUAAGGAGAAACAGGAUAAUAAAGCAGAGAAGACUGAGAAGGUUGAGAAAGUGGACAAACCUGAGAAGACAAACAAGGAAAAAGAAGAGAAGAAAGAGAAUGGAGAAAAAGUUGACAAGACAGCUAAAGCUGAGAAGAAUGCAAAGGCUGCUAAAGGGACCACAAAGUCCCCAACAGCUAAUGGGAGUAAAGACAUCACCAGCCUUGACAGUAAGACUAAUCCUUCAGUUGGGUCAACCAAACAAAGCUCAGCAAGACCAAACUCGCUGUCCACUGGACACAUUUCUGGUGCCUCCAAACGCACAUCCCCCACCGCCAACUCGACCAAUAAAAAAAGCCCUAUGCCUAAGGCAACAACCCCUACUUCUGGCACCAAGAAAACCCCCACCACCACAUCUUCUCUUGAUGCUAAGGCCAAGUCUUCUGAGAGUGCCACAGCAACCCAGCGUCGCCCUCCAGUGCCAAAGGCUAAAGCUGCAUCUACUACCAACUCUAAAAAUGGCACUUGCACCCCAGCAACGACCACCUCCGCCCGACACACCUCUGCUACAAAGACUGAAAACCAAGCUGGAGAUGUGAAAAAGACAAGUGCAAAGACAGCAUCAGUUAAAACUACCCCAAGAACAGCUCGCACGCCAACCUCUGCUAAUGCCACCAGCACGGCACACACCAAUGGGACCCCGACCCCUCGUUCCUCCCGCAUCACCAAACCCCCAGUGCCCAAGCAGACUCCCUUGGAGAGGAAGCCCCCUGUGCCUCGGGCCCCCCGGAAUGUCCGGCCCACCAAUGCACCCCUGCCUGAUCUGAAAAACGUGUGCUCCAAGAUCGGUUCCACAGAUAACAUGAAGUACCAGCCUGGUGGAGGAAAGGUCUCUGCAGCCCAGGGCAAGACUGAUGCUCUGCCAAAGACCAGCCAGGGCAAAGUUCAAAUAGUCCACAAAAAGCUGGACUUCAGCCAUGUCACAUCCCGAUGUGGCUCCAAAGACAAUAUCAAGCAUGUUCCGGGUGGAGGGAAUGUUCAGAUUCUAAACAAAAAGGUUGACUUGAACAAAGUGAGCUCAAAAUGUGGAUUCAAAGACAACAUAAAGCACAAGCCAGGUGCUGAUGUGAAGAUUGAAUCUCAUAAUGUGAACAUCAAGGCCAAAGUGGGAUCACUGGACAAUGUAGGCCAUGAACCAGGAAGUGACAACGUCAAGGCUGAGGGGGUUCAACCGAAAUCUGAGGGAAGCCCAUCUCCCCCUACUGUCUCUCUGCCCUCUCAGGCAGGCAAUGGGGAAAAGGAGAAAGGGCUGAAGGAGAGCUCUCCUGCUCUCGCACCCUCUUUGGGAGAGGGAUCCCAGGACAUCCAGGGCCUGGACAAACACAUCCCUGGGACAAAUUGAGUCUUACAAGCUGAGCUUUCGUGAGAAUGCACGGGGUCGCAAGGACCACGGCACUAAAAUCAUCCCCUGGUCCCCCCUGAGUGGCAGCCACCCCCACCCACAUCGCAGCACCUUUCUCAGUGUUUCUCUGGGGUCCGCCUUGUCCUCACACUCAACCCAGCUUGUCCCAUUCUCUCAGCCAUGAGAUGGGUGCAAACCAGUACACUAGGAGAAGGACUUUUAACAUGGCCUGUCCCUUUAAAAUUUGUCUUCUCAUUACCGCAAUCGUUAGAGUCUUCCCAUUAUUACAGUUUUCUUUGUUUUUCUUGCUGGGAGAGCACCCAUGUUUGUGAAAGGGCAAGGCUCUGGCUUUAUUUACAAUGCACCUGUUUAAAUGCAGGAUUUGGUUUGAGGCUAGAUUUGAGGUGGUCUUCACAUAGUUGGAGAAGGAGUUAAGAUGGUGUGGAUCAUGCACCCUCUUAAUCAUCAUGAUGAUCAUGACAAUUCAGCCACUGGAUUAGCUCCUAGUGUCAUCUUUGUUAGGACCACAAAGUGUAUCUUUCUAGACUUACUACUAGCCAGUGCUAUCCCUGAGACAGACCCAAGUUUAGAGGCAACACCAUCUUCUAACCUCUGCCUAUAAUUUGGCAGUAGAUGUUCUCCAAUGGGAACCCCAGAAUUCACUCGAGAUGUAGCUUGUUACAUCAAAUAUUAUUAAUUAAUGAUAGUAUGUGGGGCUGUCUUAAAUCCCAGUUAACAGGGAUGAAUCAGCCAUCAACCAUCCAUCAUCCAGUUGCUUCCUUUGCUUCACUGACCAUGUCCUGUUCUCUUCACAAGAAUUCUAAACCCUCGUCCCCCCAGUAUUUAAAAGAGCACUUAAUCAUUUGAAACUCAUAGGCUGUUCGAACAAUAGCACAUUAACAUCUUCAGUGAUUUUGCUGUAUCGUGUUUGCAUAAAUUACUGUAACGAUGAGCUGUAUCAUUAUGAAUUCUAACCAUCUGAUUGCAUCUUCCUCUUUCCAUUUCUCUCUUGUAUGCUAAAAGAACACAAAAUCCUCUAACACAUAACAUACAUGUACUACAGCAUGAUACAGUAAGAGUAAAGGCAGUGGCACCCAAAAUAAACAGACGGGAUGGUGAGGAAUAGAGGGAGGGAUAAAGAAAGAUGGAAGGUGUGGUAAAAUGCAAUGUCAGAAACAAAGUUCAUAUGGAAAUGUGUUUACAGUCCAUACACAGGUCAUGAUUACUUGCUCAAAGGUCCAAGUCAUCCUUCACUUUAAAUUAAGUCUUGUUCAAUACAGUAGAAGACUUUUGCACUAAACAAAUGAACUGGAAUGUGCGAGGGCCCAUUACAUAAAACACUGUAACACUAAAUGUAUCCUAAAUAAUCAUUAGAAAACAAUCGAUUUCCCAAUUAUUUAUGCAGUGGCAAUUGAUGAAUUGUUGUUUAGAGAUUACUAUAUCAUCCUACAUAGUAAGAAAUGUUAUCUGAUUUUCUUACCAAGUGAUGUAUAACCAUAAAUUAGUGAGCUUUUUUGGAAGUAGUUAAAGCCCAUACAGUAGUUUCCUCUUCAAACCUACUAUCGUAGGGCAGCUUUUGUAACACUCUUGGCUAGUGACACCGUUUAAAGUUUUAAAGGUGAAUUUGUGGGCACUUUGUUGAUAGUUAUUACUUUAGAUAUGUAUAGCUGCACAAUGCCUGCAUAUAAAAUAUAAACAACUUGAUGUUGUUGAUCAAAAGUUUAUGUUUGUACACAGGGUUUGGUUCACUUAAUGUUGUGACAUAUUUAACAUUUUUCUUCACUGUUAUUUAACAGUGAUAUCAUGGUAUUGAACAUGGUUACAUUUGUAGCAUUAAAGAUUCUAAGAGGCCCACUUGAAACUAAACAACCGAGGCCAGUAAGUAUUGAAUUAUGCAAAUAUCCUAUAAAAGAAUGAAUUAAUGAGCAUUUAAAAUGCACUUUUAUGGUGGAUGUUUUAUACUGCAAAGACAGUGAUUUGAUUGACUGUACACAUUUUCCCAAAUUUCCCAAAUUCAAAACUUCAAAUCAAGUCUCUGUAUAUUAUAAAGUAGUCUGUAAAAACAGUAUGUACGAGUGUGAGGCAGUGUGUUCAGUGUAUAGAGCAGUUACGCUUGGCCAAAUGGUCCUGUCUGCAGUUCCUUCUGUGAUUAGUGUGUACUGUUCAGGGGCUGUGCCAGUAAACUUCAGUGUUGUACUCUUGAAACAGUGAUCGUAACCUUUCAUGCCUUCAGUCAGCUCUAUUUUGUCUAUAAAUCAUUUCCAUAAUGAAUGAUCACCCCCCACAGUGUUAGUACACUGUUCACGUCCCCGCACAAAUCCACACAAAGCAGUUCUUUACAUACUGUACACGUUUCACAGUUUAUGUCCCAUAGGGGAAAAACACUUCUUAAUUGGGUUGUGUAGAGAAGCAAAGUGAAGAUUUUGCAUCUAUGAAUAUUUCUCCGAACAGUAUUUUAGACUUAAGUGAGACUACCUUUAAAAAAAAAAAAAAAAAAAGAAGGGCUGGCAAACAAGAAUGUUUUUAAAAUGUAGUGAAUUCAGGAAGAAAAUAAUAUAUAUUAUGUGUGUAACUUUUUCUCUUUGUUGUCACCCACCAGUCAAAUACAAAAUUCAAUGUAAUCAAUAGGAGGAGAGGAGUGUGAUCGAUUUUGACUGAGGGAAGAAAGCACAGCAGGGCUCUGAUAAUUCAUGUAUGUCCUUCGGUGUAGAUAUAGCACAACAUUCUGAUAAUGACUUGAGAGGCCGGACACAAGAGGCAGAAAGUGGGUUGAGAGGUUAGAGGUAAACCGUAACCACGGGAACAAUUGUUCCUCCCACAAACUGCACCUGACUCAUAGACCUUGAAUAUUGUUUGAAUAUCCACGCCCCACAUCUGUGUGAAACUAACUGUAUCUGUUAGGCUAAUUGGCAUGUUUAAAAGUAGAUAGAGCACUCCAAAUUAGGCAGCAAAGGACCCCCCUAGUGUGUUUGUUAGGACUCACAAUGUGUGUACUUCCCCAUAGAACACACCAAAAGAGCAUGUGUGUCCAAAGAACGAUGGACUAUAGACAUCAGUCUUAAAUUGAAUUUAUUUUCUCCCUCUGAAUUCAGAUGUAUUUUUUGGUAUGAAAGAGAUCUUCAUUGUGAUUAAUUGUUAACUAGUGAUGUGGAUAUUUAAUCGUGAAUAAAAAAAAAUAGAUGAGCAAAAAAAGUAUUUCUUUCUCUCUUUUCAGAAAUGAUUACAUAUUUAUGAAAGCCCUUAACUGCACUGCGGGGGAAAAAAAAAAGAAAAAAAAAAUGUUUUUCUUUUUUA